AUGGGAGGCCUGUCCCAGCCUCUUCCGGGCGCGGGCGGAGGCGAGAGGGGAUUGGGAGGGGCGGCCGGUGGCGCAAAUUCGACCUGCGCGGCGCGACAAGCGCGGGAAGAGCCCAGAGAGCCCCAGCGACGAGCAGGCGCGGGCGGUGGACAGCGUUCAGAAUUGGAGCUCUGAAGUUCCUGCUUCGUCUACUUCCCCCCACCAGCUGCCGGGUCGGGUCGUGUCGGGAUCCAGACAAGGACCCACUGAUGUUUUUUGCUCAAGCGGAAAACACCCAGAAGUAGAGAGCUCUGCGAAGGGAAGGCAUCGCCAGAGGAAUUUUCCAAGGGCGCCAACUCCAGGACUUGCAGCAGCUGCGGUCAGCCCAGGAGGACACAGUGAGAUUUGAGGAUCCACUCACCUCCUGCCAUGGUGGUCCAAGGCCUGCCCCUUCACGUGGCCACCCUCGUGACUGGGCUGCUGGAGUGCCUUGGCUUUGCUGGCGUCCUCUUUGGCUGGGCUUCGCUGGUGCCUGUCUUCAAAUCUGAGCAUUACUUUGAGAAGCUGUGUGUCCUGGAUGCUGGGCCUCUGGGCAAUGCCACAGGGCAGGCGGACUGCAAAGCCCAGGACGAGAGGUUCUCACUCAUCUUCACCCUGGCAUCCUUCAUGAACAACUUCAUGACGUUCCCCACUGGCUACAUCUUAGACCGUUUCAAGACCACCGUGGCACGCCUCAUAGCUAUAUUUCUCUACACCACAGCCACGCUCACCAUAGCUUUCACCUCGGCAGACUCUGCUUUCCUGCUCUUCCUGGCUAUGCCCAUGCUCACCGUCGGGGGAAUCCUGUUUCUCAUCACCAACCUGCAGAUUGGAAACCUAUUUGGCAAACACCGUUCAACCAUCAUUACCCUCUACAAUGGAGCAUUUGACUCUUCCUCCGCAGUCUUCCUCAUCAUUAAGCUUCUUUAUAAACAGGACAUCAGUCUCCGGGCCUCCUUCAUCUUCCUCUCUGCCUGUAGUGCCUGGCACGUUGCUCGUACUUUUCUUCUGAUGCCUUGGGGGCAUAUUCCCUAUCCACUGCCCCCCAACUACAGCUACGGCCUGUGCACUGGGAAUGGCGCCGAGAAGGAAAAGAAGACGGCUGGGCAGGAGAGCACGGAGUUGCAGUCAAAGGAGUUCCUUUCACAGAAGGAAGCAGAGAUCCCGGAACCAGGGCAGCAGCAGAAACCUCGCUCUUUCUGGAGCUACGCUUUCUCUCGGCGCUUCGCCUGGCACCUGGUGUGGCUGUCUGUGAUACAGCUGUGGCACUACUUCUUCAUUGGCACGCUCAACUCUCUGCUGACCAAGCUGGCCAGAGGCGAUGAGGCGCUAGUCAGCACCUACACCAAUGCCUUUGCCAUCACUCAGUUUUUCGGAGUGCUCUGUGCCCCCUGGAACGGCUUGCUCAUGGACCGGCUUAAGCAAAAGUACCAGAAGGAAGAGAAAAUGACAGCAUCCUCCCCUCUUCCCUGUGGAUCAGGUUCCUCCACCUCCAUGGCGGCCCUCCGCUCAGCGGUGCCUUCGCUGACCCUGACGUCUCUGCUGUGCCUGGGCUUCGCUGUCUGUGCUUCUGUUCCUUCCCUGCCCCUGCAGUAUCUCACCUUCGUCCUGCAAGUGAUCAGCCGAUCCUUCCUCUAUGGGGGCAAUGCUGCCUUCCUCACCGUCGCUUUCCCUUCUGAGCACUUUGGAAAGCUCUUUGGGCUAGUGAUGGCCCUGUCAGCCAUUGUGUCCCUGCUCCAGUUCCCCCUCUUCACCCUCAUCAAAGGCCCCCUCAAGGACUAUCCAUCCUACGUGAGUCCUGCUUGGGGUGGGAGUGGCGUUGGGGGCGUGUUCCUGACCUGCGCCUUCCUGGGAAUGGGCACCAGAGGACAUUCGUGGGUGUGGGGGCUUGGGAGGCUCCAGGAGGCCUGAUAUGGUUCCUUAGGC